AUAACUGUUAUUUCCGAAUACCUAUAGGUGUAUGUACAGAUACGACGGUUUGUAAAAAUCAUCAAGUAGUAAGUAACUGCGUCGUUCGCAACGAACUGCACGAAGCAACAGUUAAGCAGAGGUGUACGACGAAGGAGGAUUACUCGCUCACUUCAAGUCGACGACCGAAAAUAGCUACAAGUGAUAUUAAAAGGGCCCCAUAGCAACAACCUCUUUGUUGCUGUUUGUUUUUAUCCCUUGAUCCUUGGUAUCAACACAGUAAGUAAUCAACCGAAAUCAACACUGCCCCUGGCAACUAUGUCCCAAGCCCUGAAACAAGUCUUCAACAAGGAUAGGACAUUCCGGCCGAAGCGCAAGUUUGAGCCUGGAACUCAGCGUUUUGAACUGCACAAGAAGGCCCAGGCGUCGCUUAACGCCGGCCUGGACCUGAAGCAGGCCGUUCAGCUCCCCCAUGGCGAAGAUCUCAACGACUGGGUGGCCGUACAUGUGGUCGACUUCUUCAACCGCAUCAACCUCAUCUACGGCACCAUCAGCGACUCCUGCACCGACCAGUCCUGUCCCAUAAUGUCAGGCGGACCCAAAUACGAGUACCGCUGGCAAGACGAGCACAAAUACAAAAAACCCACUGCUCUCUCCGCCCCCAAGUACAUGAACCUGCUAAUGGACUGGAUCGAAGUUCAAAUCAACAAUGAAGACAUCUUCCCCACUAACGUCGGUACUCCUUUUCCCAAGACCUUCAUGCAAGUUGCAAAGAAGAUACUGUCUCGUUUGUUCCGUGUCUUUGUCCACGUCUACAUUCACCACUUUGACCGCGUGAGUCAGAUGGGAGCAGAGGCUCACGUCAACACCUGUUACAAGCAUUUCUACUACUUCGUAAAGGAAUUCAACCUCAUAGACCACAAAGAGCUGGAACCACUUAAGGAAAUGACAUCACGGAUGUGUCACUGAAAUGGAAGACCACUGACCACAUCCCCCAAGCAGAACAAGAGAACCAUCCGAAAAGAAACAUAGAAGAUAGAGGGAUAAAAAUAAAUUCAAAGACUAUAUUUUUAUACACAUUAAAAGUACUGUAAUAUUCUAUUUAGCAGGAAGAAUGCUAUACUUCCUUUACUUUAUUAAUGUGUAGGCCUUUGAGAAUUUUAUCAAAAUUCAGUAUUAAGUAAUCAUGUUUUGUACUUUCAAAUUUGCUCCUGAAUCAUUCCUGUGUUUUUGUUUUACCAUUCCUAUCCAAAGUUUUGAAUUAUGUAUGUGUAUAUUUAUGUAUGUCGCAGAGACAUUAAAUGUACUUUGACUCACCAA